UUGUUGUCAUUUUUCCUAUUGUCAAAUCGUAAAUUUCCCUUUUUACAUGAUCGCAAAAAGAAAAUAAAAUGAUAAUCAUUCUUAUAACGUAAAGAAACAAUUUUUCUGCUAAUUGUAAAUUCGUACUUUUAUAGUUCCGUCUACAAACUCACAAUGGAGGAUGUACUGGAUGAAGUAGUUUCGUCGGAAGAUUUGCAGAAGUUCGAGAAAGUGUUCCACGAGCAGCUGCACCAGGGGAAGGUGACUCACAAGGCGCAGUUCGAGUACGCCUGGUGCCUCGUCCGGAGCAAAUAUCCGACAGAUAUAAGAAAGGGUAUCCUCCUUCUGAAAGAGUUAUUCAACUCCCACUCUGAAGGUAAAAGAGACUACUUGUUCUACCUCUCGAUCGGCAAUGCUCGGAUCAAAGAGUACAACAAGGCUCUACACUAUGUGAAGGCAUUCCUGGAGAUAGAGCCAGCCAACCAACAGGUCCUGGCUUUAGAGCGUCAGAUCAACAAGCGCAUGGAGAAGGAGGGCCUCAUCGGCAUGGCGGUGGCGGGCGGCGCGGUGCUGGCGCUGGGCGGGCUGGUCGGACUCGGCAUAGCUCUGGCCAGCAAGAAAUAGCAUUGGGCCUUUGUAAUGAAUUCCCUGGUUGGUAUUCAUUAUCUUCUCAACAAGCGGAAGGAGAAAAAGGAUUAAUAGGUGUUCUCCCGAAUUAUAUUUAGAAAAAACACCACAAAUUCACUAUAUAAAACACAGCUUUAGAUAAUAAUAAUAAUAUACUAAAUGUUUUUUGUACAAACACUCCCUGGUUGAUAGAAUGUAAUAAAUGCGAACUUAAAAAUGCAGUUGCUUUUUGGACACUGUUUAGUUUAGAUUAGUUACUUCAGCCAAAAAAUAUUAGUCUAGCUAUUCUAUGUAAGCAUAAUUUAAAAUUAUAUUGUAUAUGUGUAGUUUAUUUAAUUUCCUAUGAAAUCUAGGCACUUAUUUAAUAGAUUUAAGGGCAUGUGAUGAUAUAAUUAAUGAUUUUGUUAAACAAUUCCAUGAAAUAAAUAUUUUUUUUCGAUUGAAAUAGA